GGUGAAUAUGUACACUUGGAGCCCUGAGAUGCUUUUAUUUCCCUUUUAGAGGUGUUUACAUUCAGAAAUAAUAUUUAGUGUUAGGGAAACGAGCCUUGAACGGACGGACUCGUUUUCCCGCGCGGACAGACCACGGGGCGAGGAGGCCGAUUGCGGAGCGACACGGUCGCGCGUGCGCGGUGCAUUGCAGCAGCGGUUCGGGCGCCGGUGAGGCAGAUCGCGCGAGCACUGCGACGAGGCUGCAGGUCGCUGUUGGCCGCUGGUUUCGUCGUUUUUUCGGUGUGUUGUGGGACGCGUGUCUGACUCGGCGUGCUCUGCGCGUUCUGUCUUGUUUCCGGUGCGAUCUGACACGCCGGUGGGCGCCAUGCCCGUGGUAAGUUAAGCCGGCGUGCACGGUCGACGAAGCUUCGAGUUCAACAUGGAAGCUACAUCGACGACAACCGGCAAGUUCGAAGUGACCCAAGUCACAACACCCGACUCGCUGGCCGGUCAGAAUUCGACGCCACUGUCCCCCUCGAUCGGUGAUCAGGACUCGGACCCGUCCACUGUGCGUUUGAUCCCAGGUGACUCUGCGCAGUGCGACGAACGGCCAAUCAUCCAGGAUGGCGGCCUGUCCAGCUACGAACGGAACCUGUACCUUUACCACGAGGAAAUGCCCGACCGUCCAAGGGUGGCUACAUUGCUCAGCAGCCUGGCCAACUACGAAGUGGCGAUCCCGUCUGUCGCGGGGGAAGAGGCCCAGGCUGCUCCUAAGAAAGCCAAUCUUGGGACGUUGGCGGGUGUUUACUUCCCUUGUAUCCAAAACAUCUUCGGUGUCAUCUUUUUCAUCCGUCUCGUCUGGAUAGUCGGCACAGCCGGCGUCCCUGUCGCCUUCCUCACCGUCUUUAUGUGCUGUUGUGUGACAUUUACGACUUGCAUUUCUUUGAGCGCUAUUGCAACCAAUGGAAUUGUGCCAGCGGGUGGUUCCUACUUUAUGAUCUCGCGAUCCCUGGGUCCAGAGUUUGGAGGUGCAGUGGGAAUUCUCUUCUACCUAGCCACCACCGUGGCAGCAGCCAUGUACAUUACUGGCGCUGUUGAAAUAUUUCUGAAUUAUCUGGUGCCUGAGAUGUCUUUGUACGGAGACUUCCGGGAAGAUCCAGAGGUCAUGUACCACAACUUCCGUACCUAUGGCACCAUCCUGCUGGUGCUGAUGACCUUUGUGGUCUUCAUUGGUGUUGCCUUCGUCUCCAAGCUUGCGCCGAUUGCCCUCUUCUGUGUUCUCGUCUCCAUCACUUCUGUAUAUGUGGGAGCCUUCGUCAGCUAUGCUGGAAAGCCAGGUGUUGAGAUUUGUGUUCUGGGUGAUCGCAUCCUGAGUGGUGGAGAUUACAACUGCACCAAAGACCGCAACGUUUCCAACUCUCUUUGGCAUAUUUUCUGCAAAGAGAAUGAAAACAAAUCACUGGAAGAGGACCACACUUGCUACCCGUAUUUUGAGGAACAUGAGGCGCACACACGAAGUGCGCUGCCUGGUCUGGCCAGUGAUGCCUUCUUUGAGAACAUUCCUGUCAUGUUUAAAGAGAAAGGAGAAGUGAUCUCAGCAUCAGAUGAAUCUUACUUCCCGUCCAAAAGCGAGUCAUACAACCAGAUUUUGUGUGACAUUACCACUUCCUUCACUUUCCUUGUGGCCAUCUUCUUCCCUUCAGUUACUGGCAUUAUGGCUGGAUCAAAUCGUUCUGGGGACUUGGCUGAUGCUCAGAAGUCAAUCCCUGUUGGAACCUUGGCUGCACAAAUGACUACGUCUAUUGUCUACAUUUCUGGAGUGUUUCUUUUUGGUGCAGCAUUUGACAACCUUUUCCUCAGAGACAAGUUUGGCGAGAGCAUAGGAGGUGGCCUAGGGGUGGCACAGUUGGCCUGGCCCCAUCCAUUGCUAGUGGUGUUGGGAUCUCUCCUGUCUACAAUUGGAGCUGGACUGCAGUCUCUCACUGGUGCACCACGUCUGCUUCAAGCCAUUGCCAAAGAUGGUGUUAUUCCUGUGCUCAAUGUCUUCGCGGUCAGUUCCUCAAGGGGCGAGCCCGUGCGGGCCUUGCUUCUCACUGCAUUCAUCUCGGAGCUGGGCAUCCUCAUUGGCAACCUUGAUCACAUUGCCCCCAUCCUCACCAUGUUUUUCCUGAUGUGUUACAUGUUUGUAAACUUGGCCUGCACUCUGCAGAGCCUUCUCAAGACACCGAAUUGGAGGCCACGUUUUAAGUACUAUCACUGGUCACUUUCCUUGGCGGGAGUGAUUCUUUGCCUCGUGGUCAUGUUUUUAAGCAGUUGGUACUAUGCACUUGCUGCCAUGGCAAUUGCAGGAAUCGUCUAUAAGUACAUUGAAUACCGGGGAGCUGAGAAAGAAUGGGGAGAUGGUCUACGUGGUCUAGCCCUGAGUGCUGCCCGCUACAGUCUGCUACGCUUGGAAGAAGGACCACCCCAUACUAAGAACUGGAGACCCCAAGUGCUUGUCCUGUGCAAACUCAACCAAGACUACAUGCCCAAAUAUCGCAAGCUUAUCACCUUUGCCUCACAACUUAAGGCUGGAAAAGGCCUGACACUCGUCUGCUCUGUUUUGGAAGGAGAGUACAGCAAAAUGUACAGUGAAUGCCAGGCAAGCAAACAGAGCUUAAAGAAAGUACUGGAAGAAGAGAGAGUGAAGGGCUUUGCGGAUGUUGUUUCUGGAGGAAACACCAUUGAUGCCAUCUGCCAUAUCAUCCAAACUGCUGGCCUUGGUGGACUCAAACACAACACUGUUAUCCUUGGCUGGCCGUAUGGUUGGAGACAGUCUCCUGAUGAGCGCUCAUGGAAGGUUUUCAUUGAAACUAUUCGAAAUGUUUCGGCUAGCAAGAAUGCUCUCCUUGUGCCAAAGAACAUCAACCAGUUUCCAGAUAACACCGAGAAGCUCCAUGGAACCAUCGACGUGUGGUGGAUUGUUCAUGAUGGUGGCCUGCUCAUGCUCUUGCCAUUCCUCCUGAAGCAACACAAGGUUUGGAAGAACUGCAAGCUUAGGAUCUUCACUGUUGCUCAGCUUGAAGACAACAGCAUUCAAAUGAAGAAAGACCUGGCCAUGUUCCUCUACCACCUGAGAAUAGAUGCAGAAGUGGAAGUUGUGGAAAUGAAUGACAGUGACAUCUCGGCAUACACCUAUGAAAGAACACUAAUGAUGGAGCAGCGUACAGAGAUGCUCAAGCAUAUGAGGCUGAGCAGGCGAGAAACCUUGAGCAUGAUUCAAACGAUUGUGGAUCAUCACCACAAUCCCCUCCAGAACCAUACUAGUUCAAAGGUGCGGUUUAGUGACAAACCACCUCAGCAAGCUGGUGACUCAGAAUUGGUGGAUGUAGUUGCUGAUGAAGACAAUCGUUCGUCACGCCACUCAUCCCGGCACUCAUCGCCAACAAAGUCUGCCUCAGGUUCACCUACAAAGCAGGCUUCUUCACCACCCAAAGAGAGCUCACCUGUUACUGCUGCUGAGGAUGAUGGGAAAGCAAAAACUGAAAGCCCAGAGAAGAAAGCACAGGACGGCUCUGGAGAUGCCUGCGCUGCAUCUUCUAAUGGAGUGGCAAGCAAGGGCCCCUCUGCCGCACCAGCUGUUGCUGCUGCUGCCACAUCGGAUAGCCAGAAGCCAGAGUUCGACAGCCUCAUGAAAAUAAAGCCGGAUGAAGCCAAUGUGCGCCGUAUGCACACUGCAGUGAAACUGAAUGAGGUCAUCGUAAAUAAAUCGCAUGACUCCAAGUUGGUAAUCAUCAACCUUCCUGGACCUCCUAGGAUCCAGAGAGGAGAGGAGAACUACAUGGAGUUCUUGGAAGUGCUCACAGAAGGUCUUGAGCGUGUACUGAUGGUUCGUGGUGGAGGCCGUGAAGUGAUCACCAUCUACUCUUGAGCUGAUGGUACCCCCUGCAGAGUUGCCCUUGCUGUGACCCUGCUUGAAGAGCUCAUGACAGUGCUCUUCUCUUCCGCUGUCAUACCGUAUUAUUUAUUUUUUUGUGCAUUUUUAGAGCGUCUUAAAGUAAGUGAGAUGCCCCCUUUCAAGGUGGUUUUGAGACAAGAGUCAAGCCUUGUGGCAUGCCUGUUUAUGUCACGAAGUUUGUGACAAAUGAAAUGUGACACACAAACUGAAAUGUGCUGUAAAGUGUUGUACUUAAGUAACAUUCUUCACCAACCACUGAUCAGGGUUAGUGUAAGAAGUAAAGUGCCACUCGAAUGUAAUGGAAAGUAGUGCCACUGUUAUUAUGUAAGUUUUUGUCAGCCGAGACACGAUGAAACAGAAAAGGCUGUGUGAUGCACUACAUAGUUUAUGAAUAAGGACUGUGUUUUUAAACAUUGAUAUAAUGUGACUCACUUUUUGAAGAUAUUUAUUGGCAUCAAUAUUUGUUUAUAAAGGGUUGGUCCAGCUGCUUCCAGACAUAAUAAAUCCUAUUACUGCCAUUGUGUUCCAAAUUACAAGUCUAUGUUAACUGCAGACAGUCUUUCUCAUGGCUGCAGAAAUUAUUUGUAAGGUCAAACUUUGACUUGGUUUAUGAAACAUAAGUCAAUGGGUCUCUUUCUGAAUUUAUCAGCAAGGGCUGAAAGCUCUGUUCAACUUGCAUCUCUUGCCUUGUGAUAAUGUGCGUGCAUGCAUAUGUGCCCAAAGCCAGUCACUGCAGUUUUCAGCAAAGGACCCCUGAUGUGCCACCCAAAAGUUGUGAUCCAUUGUAUGAGAGCUAAGAGUUUAGACAUUUAGAGAGUGAUAUUGCUGUGAUUGGUUGUUUCUGUCUUAAGGUUGGCUGCCUUGUGGAAAUGCAGAGCAAACUGCAAGCAAACAGCUGGGCCUCUAAAGUGUGAGGCACUGCCUGCCAACUUUUAUAGAUCUCGUUGUGGGAUCUGCAAAAUAUCUUGAUGCAGUACUGCCACAAUGCUCGACAUCUUGUGCACAUGUUUCAGUGAUUAAAGCUGCUUAUUUAGUAAACAGCUGCAGGGUGAUCUUUUGAAGGAGGACUUGCCUUUUCUUUUUUCCUUCCAGAGUUUUAUGUGUGCUCAAGUCUGGUAAAAUGGUUGCAAUUUUUUUUUCUUAUUUCUAAGUGCAUUGGUGUAGCUUUCCUUUGCAUGUGCUUAACAAACAGUGCAUAUUAGUUAAGUAUGUCAUACUUGUGAAUACCUGUGACCCAAUCAUACAAACAUGAAUCAUCAUGUGAAAAAGUGCUAGUCGCAUUCCCAACUGUGUUUGUAAUGUUGUUUGUUCUGUUUCUCAUUACAGCACCAUAUGUGUGUUUUCCUGUGCGAAUUCUUCUUGCUGCAUUUCUCCAUCUUUCCUUUUCUGCAAGAUGUAAAUCCGUUGGUCUUUUUAUUAUUAUAGUAAUUAUCUACUUGUCAGCUGAAUUGUCCUUUAGUGUGCAGUUCCGAAUGACAGCAUCCACAUAGAGAUCAUUUGGUGGUGUUGGUGUAUUGCAAGCUAGCUGUAACUUGUUUCACCAGUGUUUACACAGAUGGAUAACUCUUAAUAGUUUAUCACUGUGAAAUCACUGGAUGACUUGGCAUGUUUCACAGAAACUAAACACGUCUACCUGCAAAAUGUGAAUAAUGCAGCAGCAUUUGCAAUCCAUGCUGUAGGCCAGUCUAAAUGUGCUCUGCCUUUCAUUUGCUCCUAUACACUUCUCUUGCAGUGUCCUUCUCUUUGUGAGCCUUAUUAUCGAGGAUCUAUGAUGGCUUUUAAUACCUUUGCAUAGAUUUUGCAUGGUCCUUGCAGAAUGUAGUUGUGUAGAAGCUGGGAGAUCUUUGUGUAUAAUAUGUACCGCAAGCAAACCCAUAGUACCUUGUAGCCAUAUGUACACAUGUGACAAUCCUCCCAGCAGCAUUUCUUUUAUCUGCAAGGCUCAACAAAACGACUGCACUUAGUAACAAAAAUGAAAUGAAGACAAUGUUGUUUUAAAAUAUUGGUUAACUUGAAGUGCAUUGGAGUGGCUCAGGGCUGUUUGCUUUUCCUGGCUGUUCGUUACAAAGUUGCAAUAAAUAAUGCCUAGUGACUUCAAGUUACAUGAAUGAAUGUACCUUAGCUCUUUAGUUUGUAAUGUAUUUAUCUGUGCUGUAGGAGUAGUUUAAAGCAGUGUCUUCAUUUUAAGCAUGCAAGAAUAAUAUGAAUCUAAACCAGCGUGUUGAGUGAGUUAGCUCGUGUCUUAACAUUAUGCAGGUACUUGUUUGUUUGGAGUAAGCUGCUUAUAUGCACUUUCAACUCACUAACUAGGGCAUUAAGCAGUAUGGUAUUCAGAAAUGCAUUUAUUUAGACUGGCUUGCCAAGGUUAUUUUUUUGUAAAUCCUUUCUUUUUGCUUUAUGAUGAGGCUUACAGCAAUUAGGCAUCUGAGCUGUACAUUGCAGGACCUAAAAAUCGCUUGAAAAGGGCUUUAUGGAAAAAAAAACAGCAACAACAAAAGGCAGAAUGACUGAAACUUAUGACGAGCUUCGCCAACUGAACAAAUGCAGUGGCAGUUGCAGCAAAUACACAGUGAUGCCACAUUGUUUGACAGACAUAAUUCGGGGUGAACUCUGCAGGUUCACUUUCCUACUUCUAAAUUUGCUCUUUGUGGCAUACUUUCUUCCUUCUUCAAUAUUAGUCAGACAAACAACGUGUGCUGCAGCCUGAAGUGUGUACUUCAGCAUUCACACGCUGUAGCCAGGUCUGUAGCUGUCCUUGACACAUGUGAUGUCUGCCAUUUGGCAUGUGUUUCCUAGUUGGGUAACAGUAGCAGUUAGUGAGGGGCUUUUAGGGGAAGCAACACCAAAGAUGGCCACAGAAAAGUUGUUGAGAUGGCAGUGGCCUGACCGCCAGUGUAAGUAGCAAAAAAAAAUGGGAUAGGCAUGAGGCAGCGGGCCUGUUGGAUGUGUUUCCCCCUGCAUAGCUCAAUAUUGACUGUUACAAAUAUACGAAUGUUAGAGAAGCACUGACUGUAUUUUUGUAUGUACAUACUCUUUUUUCCCUGACCUUCCAGAUGUGAAAACAUAAAAAAGACAUGCAUUUAUGCAACAACGUGCAUAUUUGGUGUGGACGCUAGCCUAGACAACUGGUGUAUGAAUAUCUUUAAGAGUACUUAGGUCAUGCAGCUAAAUGUUCUGAUUAUUCUUGUGUGGCAUUGUCGUUUGAUGUCUCUGGUUUACUUGUGGUUUGCUGUUAUGUUAAACCUGGACAAAUAACUUCCACUUGUGGUGUGGACUAUAGCCAUCAGCAAGAUAUGCAAUUUGUUGAUCUUGGCCUGCACCCAUACAAGUCGUGACUGGCAGUAACCCAGUGGCAGCGUGCUGUUACUUUUUCCUUUCACUUCCUUGCAGCACUUCCCAGAUAGCGGCUCACAGUGGCUCUCAUAUUUCCAGGCAUUUGCCUGUAGUAUCAGUGAUGAGUAAUUUGAGGUGGUUUUAAGCACUCGGCUCACAAGCAGCAAAGUAUAAAUGCAUACAAAAAGACUGGCAUGUCUGCACAGAGCUCUUAGUUUAAUUGGAAUUAUAGUGUUGUGCAGAAAAGCAUAUAUCAAGUCAUUGCUAGUAUAUCCUCACAUGCCUGGUUGCUGUCUAGCUACCUUGCUCUUUGCCUGUUUGAAAGCAGUUCUGUAAGCUUUUAUAUGUACAUAUGUCUGAAAUGCUACACUCUGUCCCAGAUUUGUACAUCUAGAUUACCAUGAUAUAACGCAAGCUGUUUUCACUUCUAGCUUCCUGAAACAUGUAAAGUGCAGUUUUUGUGUCUCAUAACUCAUUAUAUAUAUAUUCCUUUCGAUGUGAUACUGCAAGAAGCAAAGGUGAGAUAUGCCAGUGCUGGAAAGCGCAAGGAUCGACAUUUGCAAGAUAAGCCUACCACUGCUGCCAUUUUCUGAGUAGUACUCACUCGAGGCUAGGUUUGCUGUUUUCUUUUACCACUGCUUUGAUCUAAUUCUUAGUCAUCAUUUGUGUGUCUGUGAGGCUCAAAAGGCAUCCACAGUCAUCUAAUGUUCAUUUUGGUUGAGGCAACUUUAAAAUGCUGCUGUGUCAACAUUUAUAUUAGCAAUUCCUCAGUGCUAUAUUUAUUUGUUGAACACUUGUAUUUGAGGAAUGUGUGUGUAUGUCAUCUUAGAACUCAUAGCUGCCAUGAGGCAGUUUUGAUGGGCAUUCAUUUCAGUGGUGUACAAUAUUUUCUUGUGACCCUGUUCAGCGACAUGCUCUUGAAGGCGUGAUAGGCACCUACAGACACAUGUGCUUCAUUAUUGUUGCAUCUAAGCUUCAGCCUAUCCAAUUUACAGAAGUUUGUCAUCACCAUAAAGAACAUUAGCAAAGAAUCUUUAAGGAAACUGUUAAUAAGUGAACCAUUUAAUGCGGUGUCACUUCAGAACAGUGCAAACCACUCACAACAAAUAGGCAUGUUAUUGACAGCUAGGUGAUAGCAGUAGCAUUAUUUGUGAAGAAUUUAUAUAAUACGAAUUAAUAAUUCAUUAUCGUAUUAACACAGUUGUCGAUAUCUGUCAUCAUUAGUUGCCUGCCAGGAAUUAACACCGUCAGAUACAAGUGUACACACUUAUUAAAAUAAUCUUGUGGGAUUAACUUUCAUGCCCAGGGCAUACAUUACUGUGUGCCAUUUGCCAGGCACAACACUGCUACUUGCUCAUCAAUUUCUACACUGCAGCUGCACAAAACUGACAUAAAAAGUUAUAUAUAAGAGCUAAAGAGAACUAUAUUCAUCAUAGAUUGUAAAGGCAUACAUUGUUAUAUGUAUCCCAACACAUUCUUUUUCACAUUUACUAUCACUUCAGCAUAGGAUAAUUCUGUUGUGAGAUUGUCGAAAUAUCCAGGCUGGACACUAGCAAGGCCCAGGUAAAUAUCUUUAACAUGUACAACUUACUGACCAGGUGAUAUAAGUAGUACUGCAAUGAUUCUUUGGGUGCAUUUCGCAAUGCCACUCUUCCAGUAAGGCUCAUUUUCAUCAUAAGCAAUUACACUAAAGCUAUGGUCCUCUCUUACUCCUGCUCCUUGGGUCAGCACAUCUGAUGUCUUGUAUUAGUGCAUAGCUAUUCAUUAAAAAGCCAGAACACCUGAUUCAAAUGGCACUGUUUAUGUGAUGUGUUUACUUGCUUUGUCAAAUAAGUUCAGUAAAAGAAACAGGAAGCUUGAGUGCUGCAAAUUAUCUGUGUGUGAGGAGUUCCACUGAGGACACUUGAGCACCUCUGAGGUAGAGGAAAUGAGUUGCAGCAUACAUUUGCAGCAUACUGCAUUAAAUGCUUAUCUUGGGUAAAACUGUACAGGUACUGGUUCAAUACCUGGACCUCUUUAGUGGUGCAGCCUGAGAAUUAACUUUUCACCAUGGUUUACCUGCCAUCACACAUUCAGCAUUCAGCAGCUAUGUAUUGUGCUUUUGACAUAUUGUUUGAAACGAGCUGCUAGGAAAAAAAAGGUUGACGAGAUAUGGCGCCGUCAUUUUGCUCAUCCUGCACCUCUUCCAAGAGCAUACUAACGAGCCAGCCUAUGCAAUGUCAAUGCAAUCACGUGUGCGAGAUCAUUGUCCUCAAAGUUCUUUUUUUUUUUUCUUCUAAGUCCAAGAUUUGUGUUCUAUAAAGUCAAGGUGCUGACUUUUCCUAAAUUUGGGAAGCAGGCAAUGACGCAAAAUUGGUGUGCUCACCAUUUGCCACUGUUACGAUUGGUGCAUUGCUGCAUGCGCACAAUGUACAGGCACUCACGUGAAGAUAUUUGCGCAAGUGAAGUACGGUCACAACAGUGCCAACAAUUGGGUUAUGCAUUGGGGGCGGGGCUGCCAGCUUAAAUCUUUCCUUCAUGCUAAGACAGGACAAAGUCUACUAAAACAUGCUGCACCCUGCAUUGUGUUGAAUUCAUACCUGUAACAAAACCUGUUCUUUGCAUGGGCUCUUUGUAAUGCCAUCCCAUGGCAACAACGAAAUGGAUUGAGGCGCAUGGCUUGCUACAUGCUGUUAUGGAUGUCUUCUGUUUUUUCCUGUUGGCCACCUGGAAAUGAAUGGUGAUGGUACUGUUGAUUAUAUGAUCACAGAAGCUGAAAGAACUGGCCCAGUAAGCUGCUGCCCUUGUGUUGGUGUUUAGCACUAUGAAGGCAAAAAAAAAAAAGCUUAACAACUUGUUGCUUGAUGUUUACUGUAGUUUAUCAUCUCUGUUUAGAUCUACUAUUUAUAUAGUACUUUCCUUACAUGUACAAGUGCUGUAACUAUACCUUUCCAGUGCUUAUGAGUGUGAAUGCUUAGCUAGCAACACACAUGGGAUGACAAACUGAACAGAAGCAUGCUGUUUCUGUUUGGCUACUAUGGUACUCAAAGACACAAGAAGUUACAUAUAUGACACAAGGAGAUGUUACAGCCUGAACGAGGACAUCUUGCACUAUACACAUGUUUAUAAACCAUGUACUAAACUAAAUGAACACACCGAUGGAUGAGCCUUUUUUUUCCCUUAAGCCAACAUACUAUUCAUGGCAGCGAGGAAGAGGCACAGGAGAGUGGGUAGCUCGAAUCUUGUUGGGAAAGGAAAUGAUAAAAUAUGCACAAACGUGGCUUGGUUCAUCUGGUGCUUAGUACGGUCGAAAUAGGUGCCACACCUAGAACCAAUCUUGAAGGGGCCUGACUGGAGCACUGCCCUACCUGCACAUCUGCAUGCUCAUUGGCACACUUUCAAACAAAACACCACUAUGUGCAAUAGACUUGAAAUGGCGUGUGCUUAUGAUUUAUCUCACCGCUCUCUAGGAGGCAUAGACUUGUCUCGCCAUUCGCAUCUAUGACUGUUAUUGUUCAUAUAGCUAGAAACGGGUUUUGGCCGUGAGAGCACCCUGUGUGCAACAAGUGGUUGCUGAGCUAGAAAAUGCACUGUGCUGCAGAAUUACAUUAUUGGCAUCAUGUAGGUAGUUCUAAAAUGCUCCUAAAAUUUCCUUCAUGAAAGAUGCUUAAGAUACAAUUGGACAGCUGCUCCAUUUACAAAAUAGUUCUGUAGCCAUACACACUCGCAAGACCAGACAGUAGAACGAAAAAAAUAUUUAACACUACAAUCCUAUCACACAUUGGCUGAUUAUGUGCACCUUGGCUGUGCAUAGACAUUUAUCUGACGCAAGGCUGGAGACCAAGCUUUUUAAAAGGAAAGUUUGUUGAUAUGCACCUAGCACGUAGUUGCAUACAUAACAGAUGGUUCAAUAGACUGUUCUGAAGCCACUCAACCGACGCGCCUCCUGCCACGGAGAGUUUUGGAUGUACUUUAUAGGUAUAGGCCGACCCCUGCCCAUGUACUGCAGUGGUAUGUGAAUGCCUGUGUGCAUUGUAUCAACAACCUCGUCAGCAGGCAGUACUGAAUGCUUAGAUAGAACUUGUUGCUGGUCAAGCGCGCACCGCCAUUCGCAAGUGCAACAGUGCUUCAUGGUUUAUGCCAAGUGGAGCCAUUUGCAUUGCGCAGGUUGGUGAAUUGAGUACGUUCUCUGAAAAGAGAGUUACGAGAGUAGAAGGAGUGUGUGGCAAAUGUUUUAUAGUAGUUCUCUUUGCCUUGUUGAUAUGGUGCCAUCUUUUGGGGCAACCUCUUUCUUUCUUUUCCCUCACGUUUUGUUUUUCACAUCGGCAGCAACAGGUCGUUGAUGGUGAUUGUAAUAGUUUAAAGGCUUGUGUUCUCAACCCUAGAUUGUAUGUAUGCCAUUCUCCAUCGAUGUCUCGCUCUUCCAUUUGUUUUCGUUACGUGAAAAGUUUAUCAGAGGAAUAAUAAAGACAUCUUGUUAACCUUUCUG